UCGCCCGACGCUGCUUAAAUGAAGACGUUGCAGACUUGGCAGGCUCAGUUGUGCUAGCGGAGAGGACCGGAGAGAGUGAGAAGACCUUCUGACAGCCAUCGUCACGUCAGGUUAACUCUGUUGAGGUGGAGCGCACACUUGAGCCGCUCGAGGAUACGGGACGAUCUUACGGAGAAUUUUAACCAUGAAGAGGAUGGCGGCAGCCCUCACUUUCCUGUGUCUCCUGUCCACGGCGAAAUCAGCCUCGGUCAUAUUACCUCUUGUAGCCGAAAGGUCAUCAGAAGUACUGGAAGUGGCCACAGAAAUGCCAAAGGAAGAGACUGUGACUAAGCCGGUCAUGGGGGGCAAGGUGGAGGUGCCAGGCAUGCCCGCCCAACCUCCGCGUCCGACUUUCUCCUUUUUCCCCCCUCCUGCCACCUCCUUCAACCAAGUGGAACCCAAACUUCCUGUCCAUCCACUCCCUGAACCCACAGCUCAUCUCCCUUCCCCGCCAGUCCCAGGCUUUGCUGGCACCUCCAUGUUUUCUCCCUUUCAGAUUCUUCCACCACUACCACCGCUCCCACCACCACCACCACCACCACCACCACCAGCACAAAUCCCCCCUUUUAUCAACGGAUUUCCACCAUGUGCCUCAAAUGGCUUCUACUCUUCUCAUGCUGCCAGCGCUCCAUAUGUCCCGUACCCUGCUCGCAUGCCCCAUCCCUUCUUUCCUAUGCCCCGGAUUCCUAACUCAUACUUUAUGUACAGGGAGGAAGUCUUUCCUUCACCAGGGUUAAGAACUCGACGUUUCUUCCCAUACAUCAGAAGGGGUCGUCCUUUUCUGCCUUAUCCGAUGCCCCCCUCCUUCUGGGACUCCUCCAUUUCCUGGUGUAAAUCCCCCCGAGCCUGAGAGUUACUUCACACCACCUCCAUCACCCAGUUCCAGCUGCCACCCCCAGUGUCUUCUGGUCCUUAUGGCAAGGCGGUUGAUUCUUCUGUACUGUCACCUGCAGCCCAGUUAUUUCCUCCAAUUCCACCUUCUUUCCCGGCUUUCUUCCCUUUUAAUCCUUCUGGAGUGAAGAGCCACCAGUAUCCGGUCCCUCAGAUGCUGACUGUGGAGGAAACUGUCGACGAUGAGGAAUCAGCCAAAGGGAUGGAUACAGCUGCAGUGAAUACACAUUGACUCUGGAAGCCCUGCUGAUUCUUCUCCGCAGUAAACAACGGCCACCAUGUUGCACUCCACAUAUCUGGACAAAACAAAGAGGAAGAUGCACAUUCAGCCUUUGCUCCCCAUACUUUAAAUAUUCAAUGCUUGUUUGAAUAUAUGAUUGUGUUUGUAAAUAAAAAAUGGAUUCCUA